AUGCAGGAAGUGUCCAUUGCGGUGGCGUACGAUGCUCAUGUAGUGGGACGUCCGUCUGAGGAGGACGCUCUGACCCGGAUCGUGGCCAGUUCCAGACCGCUGCGAGCCCUCAGGCCAGCGAUGCUGGGGUCCGACAACCAGCAGCUGUGGUACCAGCAGCUGUGGUACCAGCAGCUGUGGUACCAGCAGCUACACAACAUCUUCACGGCUGCAAACCACGAGGCCUUGGUCUCAGCACCGAAACCUGUGUUCAGGAUCCAGACUCAUACCCGAGGAUCCAGGCUCAGACCCGAGGAUCCAGGCUCAGACCCGAGGAUCCAGGCUCAGACCCGAGGAUCCAGGCUCAUGCCCGAGGAUCCAGGCUCAGACCCGAGGAUCCAGGCUCAUACCCGAGGAUCCAGGCUCAGACCCGAGGAUCCAGGCUCAUACCCGAGGAUCCAGGCUCAGACCCGAGGAUCCAGGCUCAGACCCGAGGAUCCAGGCUCAGACCCGAGGAUCCAGGCUCAUACCCGAGGAUCCAGGCUCAGACCCGAGGAUCCAGGCUCAUACCCGAGGAUCCAGGCUCAGACCCGAGGAUCCAGGCUCAGACCCGAGGAUCCAGGCUCAGACCCGAGGAUCCAGACUCAUACCCGAGGAUCCAGGCUCAGACCCGAGGAUCCAGGCUCAGACCCGAGGAUCCAGGCUCAGACCCGAGGAUCCAGACUCAUACCCGAGGAUCCAGACUCAUACCCGAGGAUCCAGGCUCAGACCCGAGGAUCCAGGCUCAGACCCGAGGAUCCAGGCUCAGACCUGAGGAUCCAGGCUCAUACCCGAGGAUCCAGGCUCAGACCCGAGGAUCCAGGCUCAGACCUGAGGAUCCAGGCUCAUACCCGAGGAUCCAGGCUCAGACCCAGACCUGAGGACCCAGGCUCUGGUUCCUAA